AUGUCGGAAUUAACAUCAUCGGAUGAAAAUCGGUUAAACAAAUUUUCGAACCAAAAUUUGCCGGCCACUGUAGAUAAUCCGGGGGUGACGAAUCUUACCAGACACCUUAUAGACGUGAAUAACCAUCCGCCUAUCAAACAAAGGUGUUAUCUUGUGUCACCUAAAGUACAAGAGGUGAUUCGGGAUAAGGUGGAUAAAAUGUUGCAUGCCGGAAUUAUUGAUCCAUCAUUUAGCGAAUGGUCAAAUUCAAUAGUCAUGGUGAAAAAGCCAAACGCGUACCCGGAAAAGGCUUGUACCACUUCACGCCAAUGGCGUACGGACUUGCCAACUUUCCAACGUUUAUUGGAUAAGUUGAUUGGUCCCGAGAUGGAACCUCAUGCGUUCGCAUACUUAGACGACAUUGUGGUAGUAACGGCCACAUUCGAGGAACAUCUCCAAUGGUUAGAGAGGGUAUUAGGAAAAAUUGCUGCCGCUGGACUCACCGUUAAUCCGGAAAAAUGCGAGUUUUGCAAAUCACAAAUCCGUUAUCUAGGUUUUGUGGUACAGAAAAAAGGUCUCACAAUUGAUCCCGAAAAAACUGACGCAAGUUCAGUUGGAUUAGAUGCCGUUUUGACGCAGAAUGUAGGAAAUACGGAACAGAUUAUCGCGUUUGCUAGUUGUUCUCUUAGUGAUGCCAAAAAGAAAUAUUCAGUGACGGAGCAGGAGUGUCUUGCCGUUGUGUGGGCCAUAUAA